GGCAGUUCGGAGGGAAGCUCUGGGAUCCACGUCGUCCUUGGCAAUGAGGCCUGUGACCUCGACUCCAUGGUGUCAUCCCUUUCCUUUGCCUACUUUCUGUCCAAAGUGAGUCAGCUAGCUUCUAGCCUGUACCGCCUCUCAUUAGUGAAUUCCUCAGCCCAGGUCGGAAAUAAGUAUUCAUUCCCCUCCUCAUAUGUUUAGAUUUUUAUACUGUAACAAAUAUUGACACUUUACUUGAGUGCUGCCGAAAGUGGGGUCCACGGGCCCUUGACAAACUUGGCCCUUCACAAAAAUGUUGGCUCUCCAGAGGCUUCCAGAAUGAUCUUAUGUAAUUAUGAACAAUAUAUUUUGGAACAUUCUAUAUCUUGAACAUUUGAUUGCUGACAUGCAAAACAUUUUGGGACUGUAACAACAAUGGACUAAUGAAACAAAUACCAAAAUAUAGUUUUUGACUGGAAUUUUCCUUUUAAGUCCCAUACAAGAAAAAUAACAACUCUAUGGUGCAGUUGUUUGAAAGCAAAUUGGUGGACGAAUAUGUCCUGCUAUGCGGUAAUGAAUAGGUAUCUUCUAUUUGACUUGUGAACAGAGUUGAGAGAGCUGGGCCAAAGUCCUGAAUCACCACAUGCUCGGAAUUAGCUCUGUGAGUGAGUCAUUUGUAAGUCUGAGGGCCAUGAAUAGCUUGACCAAGCGUAACCAAAAUGCCCAGCAUUCUCCAAAAUAGGACCAGACAACCCUCAGAGUCACUCAAGCGUAAAAACAGUGUCUGUGCCCUGGCCACCGGGCGCCGGUCUCUUCUUAUCUUUCAUUACUGCAUUGAUCCAUCCGUCCUCCCUAACCCCUGGUUAUAGCUGCUCGCUAGCCUAGACACCCCCGCUACUCAUCAAAUAUUCACACAACCUCAGAUACUCAAGAUCCCCCAAAGGCCUGAGAAGAUGGACAAAAACAUUGCAGAGGAAUCACAGCUAGCCUCAGCAGCAAGGUGCGUUGGUGUCAGAUGUCUGUUUUGACCUGGUCUCCCUCUUCCAUCCUUUCCUCCUUUUCUCCUCCUCUUCUUCCAUCCCCCUUUGUUCCCAGACGUCUGGCAGCUCGGGUAAGACUGUGGUGCCGGUGCUGAACAUCCCGAGGGCUGAAUUCCCCCUGCGGUCCGACAACGUGUUCCUACUGAAGGAGAGCGGUGUUCCGCCGGAGGCUCUGGUAUUCCGUGACGAGGUGGACCUGGCAGGGCUCCAUAGAGCCAAGAGGCUGACGCUCACCCUGGUGGACCACAACAUGCUUCCUAGGUCAUCGGUUGCAACAUUACUCUUUCUAUUUAUUUGCUUUACUCUCACUCUCGUUCUCUCCGUUGCCAUCUCUUUGCCUUUCUCUCACUCAGACUUUCUUCCACUGAUACUUACAGUAUCAAGUAGUAUUGGCAACACAGGUGAACUUUAUGGGAAAGUGCCUGAUCUGUGGAGGGCCAGUUUCCUGGACCAAGAUUGAGGAAACACAUAGUUAAGGAUGUAUGACACAACGUAUUUCACAAUAUUCAUUCAACUCUGACUUUUCCCUGUAGUGCUGACAUCGACUUGGAAGAGGCAGUUGUGGAAGUUAUUGACCACCACCACCUCGAGAGGACACCCUCCACUUCCUGUUCCGUCACCGUGGAAACCGUGGGUUCCUGUGCCACCUUGGUGACGGAGCACAUUCACCACAAGGCACCUGAAGUGCUAGACAGACAGGUGGCCCAAUUAUUAUACGGUAUGUUUGCCACAGCAACAAUUCUCUUACGUCCAGCAUUCUGUAUAACGUGUCAUACUCCAGUCCUCGAGGGCCACAGUGUCUCCGGGUCUUUAAACAAUGUAUACCUCAGAACUAGGCAGCGGGGAAUAUGGCAGGAUGAAUUAUCACUGAAUUAGACAAUUAUCUUGUAGUUGCGCUUGUUUGUCAAUGCCAGCAGUAACCAUUGGUUCAGUUCACCUAUACUUGGCAGUGUGCCCACACAGGGGCCAUUGUGCUGGAUUGUGUCAACAUGGCCCCUGAGGCGGGCAAGGUCACACCCAAGGACAGCCAACUGGCCUGCCUGCUGGAGUCACGCUUCCCCGACCUGCCACCCAGGGGCGCCCUCUUCCAGUCCCUGCAAAGUGCCAAAUUUGACAUCUCAGGUAAAAAGGUGGGAAAAACAUGCCAUGGGAGAGGUGUUGACAGGUGCACAAAAUGACACUGCCUUGUCACUUGACAUUCAGUGACAUAAGAUGCCAUGACAGUAUGACAUUAUUAUGUCAAUAUUAUGACAUUGUUAUGACAUACCGUUCAAACAAAGUGUUACCCAUAUUUAAAGAGAAUGUUGUAGAGCAGGGCUGCCCAACCCUCUUCCUGGUGAUCUACUGUCCUGUAGGUUUUCAGUCCAACCCUAAUUUAGCAUAUCUGAUUCAGCUAGUUAAGGUCUUGUUGAGCAGCUAAUAAGUAGAAUCAGGUGUGUUAAAUUAAGGUUGGACUGAAAACCCACGGGACGGUAGAUCACCAGGAAGAGGGUUGGGCAGCCCUGCUCUACAACAUUCUCUUUAAAUACGAGAUUUCACAUGACCUCAAAAUAAUGUUGUGGAGUGACCAUCUAGAAGUAAACUAAAUUAUAUGUCAAACCCUUUAGGUAGGAACCUCUGCUCUGUUGACCCAAUGACUGGACAAAGCCAUCAAUCACGUGACACCAUUCAUUCCUAUGUAAAACUCAAUAGCGCAUUGAAGCAAAAUAAAGUCUGUUAAGAUGGCGUCUCAUGGAGACAUAAUAUGAAGAGUUUGAGCUACUCCAGGGACUGACAUUGCAGGCUAGCUCAGUGCUUCCCUCUCUCAUUGAGUAACUCAAGUUGAAGGCCGACUGGGUACCAUGAUAUUGUUACCAUGAUUGUCUUCUAAAAAAAGAUAGCCAUUUCUCCAUUCACUAUAAUGGGGAUCCUGUUUUCUGCUAACAAUGCCUGCAGUAAUGCGAUCGGCCUUGAACCUUCAAUCCGAGGGGACGGUCGUUUUACCUUGUGUUGACCACAUUCCAGCUUUAUCUUACUAUGUGCCCUUGACUUUUUCAAAAUGUUGUUGUGUUACAGCCUGAAUUUAAAAUGGAUGAAAUUUAGAUUUUUUUGUCACUGGCCUACACACAAUACCCCAUAAUGUCAAAGUGGAAUGAUGUUUUUCAAAUGUUGUACUAAUUAAUUAAAAAUGAAAAGCUUUGUUAUGGCUGCCUAAAUAAGUUCAGGAGUAAAAAUGUGCUAAACAAGGCACAUAAUACAUCGCCUUCAGAAAGUAUUCACACCCAUUGACUUGUUCCACAUUUUGUUGUGUUAAAGCCUGAAUUUAAAAUGUAUUAAAUUGAGAUUUGUUUGUCACACUCUGUGUGCAAUAACAGUGUUUAACAUAAUUUUUGAAUGACUCCCUCAUCUCUGUACCCUACACAUAUACUUAUCUGUAAGGUCCCUCAGUCGAGUAGUGAAUUUCAAACACACAUUCAACCACAAAGACCAGGGAGGUUUUCCAAUGCCUCGCAAAGAAGUGCACCUAUUGGUAGAUGGGUAAAAAAAAAAAGCAGACAUUGUAUAUCCCUUUGUGCAUAGUGAAGUUAUUAAUUACACUUUGGAUGGUGGGUGUAUCAAUACACCAAGUCACUAUAAAGAUACAGGUGCCCUUCCUAACUCAGUUGCUGGAGAGGAAGGAAACCACUCAGGGAUUUCACCAUGAGGCCAAUGGUAACUUUAAAACAGUUACAGAGUUUAUUGGCUUUAAUAGGAUAAAUCUGAGGAUGGAUCAACAACAUUGUAGUUACUCCACAAUACUAACCUAAUUGACAGAGUGAAAAGAAGGAAGCCUGUACAGAAUAAAAAAUAUUCCAAAACAUGCAUCCUGUUUGCAACAAGGCACUAAAGUAAAACUGCAAAAAAUGUGGCAAAGCAAUUCAACUUUUUGUCCUGAAUACAAAGUGUUAUGUUUGGGGCAAAUUCAAUACAACACAUUACUGAGUACCACUCUCCGUAUUUUCAAGCGCAGUGGUGGCUGCAUCAUAUUAUGGAUGCAAGGACUGACCAUCCUUGAUAUCACAAUUAUAGUUUUAAUCAUGUUUUGAGGCUAUACAGUGUUUACAUUUACUUUGUUUACAAAACAAGCUUAUAUUUUGGGUUAUGAAGAGGUACGACACUUGAACUAAGCUCAUGAGGCAUUUCUAAGUUAUAUUCUACAAGAAUCAAUGGGUAAAUAUCAUUAAAUUAUAAGUCCAAAAAUGGACGUAGCAACUACUUAUUGCCCAGUAAAAAGCUUUUUCAUCAAAUUGUCCCCUUUUCUUUUUAUGUCAGAUGGUCCAGCAUCAUCCUCAGACAAUUGCUAUAAUUCUUGGUCUAAUUCUCAUUUCUGGAAAAGGAUUAAAAUAAAGGUUAAAAUCCAGGUCAUGUGCCAUGAUUAACCAAAACACAGGGCCCUGUAUAUAUGAUCUACAUUGUAACUUAUGAUAUGCUGUAGUGUUUGUCAUGCAGUAGCGUCUAUACCCAAUUACAUUGUAAUACCAUUGUAAUACUGCUUGGCCCAUUGGUUUGUGUUACAGGUCUUUCUACAGAGCAGAUCCUGCUGAAGGACAUGAAGGCUGUCUCUGGGGGUGACCUGAGACUGGCAGUCAGCGCUGUGUACAUGACACUAGAUGUACGUACUGUCUAGUCAUGCCGUUACUUCACUUAAUGCACUCUGCCACCACCAUGCUAAUGCCACCAUGCUUUAAACUGAGACUCAGUGAUAUUAAGUAAUCAGACAGUGAGUGUGAGGCAAGGGGCUGCACUCGUCAGUACCAACACAUACAGUUGAAGUCGAAAGU